AGCAGUUCACCUAGAGAUUUCAGUAGAUGCAGUUGGGAAAAUGUCUGUGCUGCAGAUAGUAUUUUUGCUGAUCCUGGUCAAUAGCAACGGAUCUCAGAAAACCGAAAUGGACGUGGAUGAGGAUGGAGACCCAGAUCAGUUAGGACCAGAACCCAUCGACGGACGAUCGUUUUUCUUUCUGGGAACCUUGUUUCGGCGCUGGCGUAACCGUUGGAUGGCCUAUCACAAUCCGGACCCUAUUUUCGCCGGCCCCGCUUAUCCCAUAUCUGGUUAUUACAAUUGCCCCGUAUAUGGCUGCAACCCGGCGGCUAUUGGUCCACAACCAGGUUACUACGCUACACCCGCUGGGUUUUACACCAUGCCUCUGAAUCAGCAGCAGGCUCAGGGUAACAGCAAUGUCUAUAUCUAUCAGAGUGAUCAAAAUUCUGCAUCAGCUGGAAAUCCCAUUGGAUAUGGGUAUCUCAGUGGGACAUCGGCAAUAAGACCAGCUCCGCCUUUUCCUCCACCAGCAACUGGUAUGCCACCGCCAUCAUCCGUUGGUACGGGAACGGCCACCGCAGGUGUAUAUUCUGGACCAGGAGCAGGACCUGGACAACGGCCAGGACCGUUUCCAAUACCCCUACCUCAGCUGGGAUGAAUGGGAAAAAAAAGUAGCCGGAGGAAGUGGUCGCCCAAGUAAACAGAGCAGACAAAGUAAAAGAAAAAUUCAAUUUUAAUUGAAAUGUGUGUGUCAAAAAAAGUUAAGUGAAAAGAGAUAAAAUUAAGUUUUCGAAUCCAAAAAAUGGUUUGCGCACAAAAAACACAACAUAUCGCCUCAACUCAAACAUUACAAUUAAAAUAUCCUACAAACUUAAUUAUUUUAGUGCUUAACAAUAGUGAACUAUGUAUAAGAGAAGGGUAUUUAACUAUUUAAUUACAAAAACCUUAAAUUUAAAUGUUCCCAUUGCUUGGUAU